AUGGCUCGCGGCCACGCCGGACAAAGCGGCGUUGGUCCUGGAUCAUGGGAGACCUUGUGUAUAUUUUCGCUUCUGUCCGUCCUGUACCAGUACCGCAAUUGGGCUUGGCGCGUGCACGCUUAUCGCUGGGCCUCGCGUUCAAUUACUGUAAUAUCCGUGAUAUUGCGGUAUUGGAUUGCUGAGGUCCACUUGGGAUCGUAUCCUAGGCAGCUAGGUGGUAGCGUGCACGGUGCUGGGUCUAUUGCGCGAGAAAGUAUGGGAAACGGGGAGGUGGCGCCGCUAUCUGGGGUUGCCGUGUCCGCUUCGCUUCCAUGA